UUUCCAAAAAAGAAAAAAGAAAGAGAGAAAUCAAAUAAACUAAAAGUUAAGGGGCAUUUUAGAAAAUAACCUAAAAACUCUACAGAUCAAAAUUGACGUUGAUAACGAGGAUUGCAGUCCUUCCCCUUUCUUCUUCUCCUUCUGUUUCUUCUUUAGCUCCCAAUUCCACACUGGUUCCGUACAUUGCAGAUUCACAAUCUUAACUUCCACCCUCCAAUAAGGAGAAACAAAUCAACCCUUUUUUGGGUUUGUCAAAAAAAAGCUUUUAAAGAUGAUUCAGUUGUUGUUCAUGGUGAUAUUCUCAGAGAUGGCGGUGAUCAUGGUAUUAACAUUCAAGACACCGUUAAGGAAGCUGGUGAUAAUGGUUUUGGAUCGGGUCAAGCGUGGACGAGGCCCGGUGAUCGUGAAGACCGUGGCAGGAACCGUAUCCGUGGUUAUGAUGUCGAGCGUAUACAGCAUGAUGAAGAUCCAGAAGCGUUGGAUCGAUGAUGAAGUGGCUAAUCCAACGGACCAGGUUCUCAUGGCCAAAAACCUUCUUGAGGCUACUCUCAUGGGGGGUUCACUUUUCCUAGCACUAAUGAUAGACAGAUUGCACCAUUAUAUUAGAGAACUCCGGAUAAGAAGGAAGAACAUGGAGGCUGUCAAGAAACAAGGUCGAGGUUUUGAGGAUGGAAAACCUGGUGGCUCGGACGAAGUCAAGGCCUUGGAGGAAAGAGUAACCACUCUGCUGGGAAAAAUUAAGCAGCUGGAGUCUAAUCUUGAGACAAAGACAAAAGAGAUGACUGCUGCGGAAGCCAAAGCAGUUGCUUUAAAGAAACAAUCUGAAGGUUUUCUUCUUGAGUAUGAUCGGUUGCUUGAGGAGAACCAAAACCUUCGGAAUCAGUUGCAAUCUUUGGACCAGAGAUUGUCACGUUCAGAUAGUAAGAAAAACACCUAAGGAACUGAGCACCUGUUGCAAAAUGUUUUUCAGUUUAAUUAUCAUAUUUUUAAUAUAGUUAUUCUGGAGUUUUGUAAUGGAUUUUUUUAUUGCAGAUUAGUUGUAAUUCAUGCGUAUCAUUUUAAUUUUGGACAGAAAAGAUAUAAAGAAACGAAAGGUUAGAGAAAUUAGCUUCUCUAUGGACUUGGCAUAUUGUAAAACACUACAAGGUAAUAAUUUUUUUUUUUUAAGCAUAAGAUGCGCAUGGAAUCAUGACAAGGGAAGGUGGCAGGAGAUUUUGGUUUGGAAUUAAGAUUUUUACGUCUUUUAAGAGCAUUUUAACCAUUAAAUCAAGGAGCUGAGGUAGUUGGGGGUAGUAGCUUUAUGAUCCGGAAAAAUGGACCUGCUAACCAAAAAACUGUUUUGGUAGUAGCAUCCACCGUAGGAGUGAGGCUGACAGGAGGGCAUGCGCAUGAAUAGAGCAAACAUCGAUAAAAGAUUAACCACUCCGUAUAAAACUAUAACAACGAACGCAAGUAGUAUCUUUUUUGCUGCCAAUUUUAUAAAUCACAAAUUGCAUCAGCACUAUGUAUAGGCAAUAGUAUUUUAAGGCUUCUGACUUUGGGAAAAUUGUACGUCAUUUUCAUAUAAAAAUACGUUGGAUAUCCUAAGGGAAAAACCACUUAAACUUGUUUAAUUUGGUUUUCCGAUGGUGAUCAUCAGAGGCAUGAAUUCAUUUCACAUGCCGAUAGCCUUUUGCGUAGUGAAUUGAUCUUACAUCAGACCUCACAUGGCAGAAUGUUGGUUCUUACUCAUUUGCAUACCUUUGACUUUGAGAUGGAUUUAACCGUCAGCAAAGUUUUUUGCUUUUGUUAUGGGAUUAACUCGAACCUCAGGACUAGAUCUAAAAUCGAAGUUUCUAAGGACUAUGAACUCUGGCUGGUAUAACAAUAACAAGUUUCUUUUCCUAAAGUAAUAUAAAGCUCAAUAAUCAAGAAGAGAUGGAUAUGGAAGUGAUUAAGUAUCCGCCACCAUUGAUAAAACAAACACAAUAUUUCUCACUUGGUUUCACAGCUUAGACUUAUGU